UGAAACUUGACUUUGAACAUCAUUGUGUUGAAGAAGCAAAAAGGAUUAUAAGAAGGCAAGAGGAAUGAACAAAAUGGCACAAGGGGAACAUCUCAAACCACACGAGCUGCGAGUGGUUGUGCUGGGUGGAUACCAGUCAGGCAAGACGUCCUUGAUCAACACCGUGCUAAGCCAGGAACCCGGAGGAGGAGGGCGAGAUGCUCGUUGUUUGAAAAGAGAGGGUGACAUCAGUGGCAGGAGGCUCACCUUGAUUGACACGCCUGGUUGGUGGACGGGCUAUUUGCUGACAGACACAGCAGAGUUGGUGAAGCAAGACCUAGUGUUGAGUGUGUGUCUGUGUGCACCCGGACCACAUGCCUUCCUUCUGACAGUCGAAACUGAUGCCCCAUUCACUGAGAAAAAAAGGAAGGUUGUAGAGCAGCACUUGAAUCUGUUUGGAGAGGAUAUCUGGAGACACACCAUAGUAGUCGUUACCAGAGGAGAUUCUCUGAAGGGUAAAAGCAUAGAACAGCACAUUGAGAGUGAGGGAGAUGCUCUGAAAUGGGUGAUAGGGAGAUGUGAGAACAGGUACCACGUUGUUGACAGCCACAGCAAAGAUCCUGACCAGGUCACUGAUCUGGUAAAUAAGUUAGAGGCUGUGUAUGCGGCUAACAGCGGCAGCUACUUCCAAAUUGACAGGGAGACUUUAAAAGAGGUUGAAGAGAAAAAUUCUGCAGUGAAAUUGAGAGCUACAUCCAGGCAGGAUCGUAUUACUGAGCAAAGACAAAUGCUGGAGCAACACGGUGAAGUGAAGCCUUUAACAGAAAUGAGAAUUGUCUUGCUUGGUUGGGUGUCUUCUGGAAAAAGUUCGGUAAGAAGCACCAUCCUGGACAAAGAGGUAUUGGUCACUCGGAGCAUAACUGUUCAGUCUAACAUAAAAUCGGGAAAGGUGGAAGGGCGGUGUGUCACAGUGAUUGACACCCCAGGAUGGUGGAAGUAUUUCCCAGCCAAGAACACCCCUGAAAGUGUUAAGACGGAACUGAAGAAGAGCUUGACCCUGGGUUCUAAGCAUCCCCAUGCCUUCCUCCUGGUGGUUCCUGCAGAUGUGUCCUUCCUGGAGGAUCAGAGAAAAUCAUUCAAGAUAACAUGAAGAUAUUCGGAGAGCAGGUCUGGAGACACACACUCAUACUCUUUACUUGGGGCGAUCAGUUGGGAGGUACAAGCAUCGAGGAGCACAUUGAGAGUGAGGGAGAACCCCUCCGGUGGCUUGUGGAGAAAUGUGGGAACAGGUACCAUGUCUUUGACAAUGUAAACAGAGGAGACGGCUCUCAGGUUAGAGAGCUUCUAGAGAAGGUAGAGGAGAUGGUAGCAGGCAACAGUCUCUACAGCCCGAAUACUGAAGAAUGGAAAACCAAGUCUAAGGAAACAGACAAGGAACCAGAGGGGGCAAAAAUGGAGGUUGUGAAUCCACUGUAUCAUGAGUGGAAAAGGCUGGACAGACAGCUGGAGGAGAAGAUUAAAAAUAUGUGGAAGCAGAUGUUUGAUCCUGAGCUGAAAGGAAACCAGAGUGGAGGAGGUCGUCCUGACUUUCAUGAAAAUGAGCCACCGCAGAAGAAGAGGAAAAUCAGUGCACAUACAUCUGAGAUAAAUGUGCCAUCGAAAGUGACUACAGAAGGUGGGAAUGAGAGACAGCCUGAAUGUCAGCUUCAAGGACAUGCAGACAAACUCCAGAAUCUCACUGAUGAAAUGACAGAGCUCUUUGCACGUGAGUGGGGGAGACGAGAGGCCAUGAUCAUGGAAAGAGUCCGUGGAAUUUUGUUACAACUCCAAGAAUCAUACGGUCCUUCGUCAGAUGCUGAUGAGAGAGAAAGGGAAGACUCCCGUCAAAAGGUUCAGAGAUGGUUUGAAGGAUGGUCUGGAGUUUCUGGAUAUGAAUCAGAGUGAAUUCCUUCACUCCACUGUGAAAGGUCUUCUAUAUUGAUUUCACAAUAUGACCUAGGACAUCAGUUUAUUAUCAUUUAACAUCAGUAAGACGUCUUGGAAUAGAAAUAGAAAUUGUAGCAUAAAGAAACGGACUGUGAUGCAUGACAACAGAUUGGGUAUCUGUGGCCCACUGGUCAGCAAAUCAGACUUGUAACCAAAGGGUGGUUUGUUCCAGGCCCGGAUCUAGGCUGCUCAGAUUGGGCAAAUAGAAAUUUGGGGUGGGCACAAUGAAUACCCCCCCGGCUCAGUUUCACCUACAAAUGCCUUACUUUUCACCUUAAAACCCGUAUCUAAUAGCAAACAUGACAUAUUACAUAGAACUGUUAAUCAUAGACCUGAUUUUAAUAU